AUGUCGUUCAAGGAGUCUGGUUUUAGCAAGGAUAGCUCUCUGAAAACUGCAGCAGAAGAAGCACCAAUCCACAGGAUUCGCAUCACCCUGACCAGCAGGGUUGUGAAAAGUCUGGAGAAAGUGUGCGCAGACCUCAUCAAAGGUGCUAAGGAAAAGAACCUGAAAGUGAAAGGGCCGGUGCGCAUGCCAACUAAAAUUUUGCGUAUUACAACACGCAAAACCCCCUGUGGUGAAGGUUCCAAGACUUGGGAUAGAUACCAGUUAAGAAUCCACAAGCGCAUCAUUGACCUGCACAGUCCCUCUGAGAUUGUGAAGCAGAUCACUUCAAUCAGCAUCGAACCAGGAGUAGAAGUUGAGGUGACUAUUGCUGAUGCAGCAUAA